AUGUCUUACGGGUUUGAGUCUACACCGCCAACAUUCCAUGACGACUCUGUCCAACAAAAUGCCUCAGAUAAUGAGAUGAAAAUGGCUCUUCAAAAGCUGCAAACGCAAGCUGAAUUUCAGAACCAGGUGUCUGCUCUGACUGGUCGGUGUUGGGAUCUGUGUUAUACCGGAACUCCUGGAGCUAAAAUGGACGAUAAGCGAGCCAACUGUUUGAAAAACUGUGUCGAACGCUAUAUCGAUGUCUCCGUGCUUCUUCGUAAUCGCUUCCAAGCCCUGGUCGGACAUGAAAAACAGCUGCUAAAAUGCGAAUUAGAGUCUACUCCUGCCUCAACUGCCUCUAUGGUCAAGGCGCUUUAUGUGGACCAGAUCCCAAAGAUUGGAAUUACAGAUUUGCCCCAAGAGUUAUCUUUAUUCAAAAAUAAUUGUGACGUAUUGGUACAUCAAGCCGAUCGUUUGCUCUCGGCCGACCAUUAUCGACGGUGUUACGCAAUAACAACACGUGUACUCAAGGAAGACCCAUUUCAUCCUGAUUGUCUCCCGAUACAUAUUUCUGUUCUCAGAAUGCUGAAUCAGUCAAAUGAACUUUUCAUACUCUCCAACAAGUUGGUGAAGAUUUAUCCGGAAAGCGCGAUAUCUUGGUUUGCUACUGGUUCGUACUACCUGGCCACGCGCAAACAUGACCUCGCGAAGCGUCAUCUUCGGAAGGCGACUCAACAAGACAGGCGUUUUGGACCCGCCUGGCUGGCCUUAGGUCAUGCGUACGCUGCCGACAACGAACACGAUCAAGCUAUUGCCGCAUACUGUACAGCUGCGCAGAUUGUUCGAUGUUCGCACAUUCCCAUGAUGUAUAUCGGUGUGGAGUAUAGUGCUAGCAACAAUCACAUAUUAUCCGAAAGGUUCCUGAAGUACGCUCGCGAACGAAAUCCGAAUGACCCGGCGAUAUUACACGAACUCGGGAGUUUGGCUUUCAAAUCGAAAAGGUACACUGAAGCACUUGACUUGUUAAAGCAUGCCUACGCUAUUGCGUUGGAGCUUAGCGACCAAGUCCUCGCGCCAUAUUGGGAGCCUCUGCUUAACAACCUGGCGCACGUUUACCGCGAGCUUGGCUUUGGCCUGUCGUGUAUUGAAAGCAAAUUGCCUGAUAAAACUCCGUGCUUUUGCAGGGACUAUGAACAAGCUCUGAAGUUGCAUUCUGCGGCGCUAAAUCUGAUUGAAAAUUCGCCUUCCACUCUGGAGUCUAUGGGCUUGAUUUAUGCCAUGACAAAUCGUUUCGAGGAGGCC